AUGCUCGCAACGCCUGGAAGUCAUUGUGAUGCUAUUGACUUGUUCAUCGCGUUUUGGUGUAUAUUAAACUUUGAGACGCUGUUGGUCUAUGGUCAAGAGGGUAAUGGGUGUGGGCACACAGUGCUGAGCUCCAAAAGUGGCACUCUGACAUCACGAAACUACCCAGGCACCUAUCCCAAUAACACACACUGUGAAUGGAGACUUCGGGUGCCCCAGGGCCACACGCUGCGCCUGGUGUUUGGCGACUUUAACCUGGAAUGGAGCCGUGAUUGUGCUGCUGGCUCCCUCACUAUCACAGACAGUGGUGGAGCCAUCAGACUGGGUCCUCUCUGUGGGCAGUUGGAUGCCUCGCUCAGGAAUGUGUCACUGAACACUAAUGAAGUGACCGUGCGUUUCAUGUCCGGUCUGCACCGCUCCGGUCGAGGUUUUCUCAUGUCCUAUUCCACCAACCAACAUUCAGACCUCAUCUCCUGUCUUCAAAAAGGAAUUCAUUUUUACUCCGAGAGUUUCAGUGUGUCCUGUCCUGCUGGUUGUAAGAACGUGACCGGGCAAAUUUGGGGUCAUUAUGAACAAGGCUACAGAGACACAUCGGUGUUAUGCAAAGCUGCUAUCCAUGCUGGAGUUAUAUCAGACAGCCAGGGAGGCGUGGUCACUGUGUCGCAGCGUAGAGGCAUCACUCUGUACGAGUCAAGCUUUGCCAAUGGAAUCCUCUCCUCAAUGGGGUCGCUGUCUGAUAAGAGGCUCCUCUUCCACAAAGAUUGCAGUAGCCACCUGACGGCGUCGGCCUACAACGCGUCGUCUGUGUGGCAGGAAACAGACAGUACAGGACAGCGCGUGUCCUGGUCUCCCGGCCGCCGGGGCGCGGGGGGAGAGGUGUUCCCGUGGGCCGGCAGGACGGAGGAUAAGAAACCGUGGCUGGAGAUAGAGCUUUGGAACAGGAGCAGCGUCACAGGAAUAAUCACAAAGGGAACGGCCGAUUUCUACCUACAGUCAUAUACUCUCUCGUUUAGCAAAGACGGCAAAACUUGGAAGGUUUACAAGGCUGCUUCCAGCAAAGAGAAGAAGGUGUUCGAGGCCCAUUCUGAUGGUCACCUGUCGGUUCUUAACAGCCUGUUUCCCCCUGUGGUGGCACGUUACCUCCUGUUAAAACCCCAAAACUGGCAUGUGAGACCCUCAGCAGACAUCCAGGUGUUGGGUUGUCCCUCAGGUGCCCUCAGGCCCCGUUCCAAUGAUCCUGGAUCUACCUUCAGGAAGGGAGUUGUCACGGAAAUGGUAUUAGGGGAUUCAGUCGUUACUGAGGGGCCACUGAUUAUAAAAAGCUUCAGCAACAGUGAUUAUCUAGUAACAGUGGCUGUGAGCGUGGUAUUGGGCCUGACCCUGUGUGUGGGUUGUCUUUUGGCUGUAAUCUGGUGCAGAAGAAGAGCUGAAACUAUGAAGAAGGGCUGCAUAGAUGAAGAGUACAAGGGGUUCCAUGGAAAGAAGCUCCCCUGCCCAAGUUCAGAGCUAAUUUCCUAUCCUUUGACCAGAAACGUCCACGACUCUCUCCCCGACCCUCCCCUUAACGACUACGCUGAACCGGACGUGCUGGUGGUGGGGCAAAAGCUGGGUUCAACCUUCCGUCCAACGAUGGAGGACGGCUACACCGUCCCCUUCAUCCUGAAUCACUACGACACCCCUGGCAAAAUCCCAGAGUACGCCGAACCUCUGCCUCCUGAGCCCGAGUACGCCACCCCUUUCACUGAGCAGUCGUCGGAGACGCUGCACAACAAGCACCGUCGACCGCUUAAUCCGCGGACAAACGCGGGGCAACCUCAGUACGACAGUCCCGCUCAGAGACUGCCCUCCAAUAGCUACUCUUCUCCGCUCAGCGCCGGCCCGAUGUGCCAAGUCACUACGAUAUACGUCGAACCCGAACCGGUGGAUCCGCUCCUCCAGCACAUCUACCACGAGCCCCUAUGA